AUGGUUCACAACAAAAUCGACCACAAGUUUGCACUCAAAUUUUUUGACUGGGAUACCAAAGAGAAUCAUCAGCCGUGCAUCAAGUUAUCAUUCUUCUUCAAAAAGCUUCCGGACGUCGACGAUGACCAUUUUCAAAUGCACUACAAUCAUGUCCAUGCAGAUCUGACAGUUGCUUCCAAGGAGUUCAAUGUUGUCAAGAUCCAAAGAUAUGUUCAGGUUAACUUUUCCGAGCUUUACCAAAGCCCAAAGAUGAAAGAGAAGAUUAGGUCGCUUGGUAUGGAACUUCUCGACUACGAUGCCUGCUCUCAGAUCUGGGUGAAGUCUUGGGACGACUGGGAAAGGUUCUUUUCGAGCCCAGAAUACGCUGCCAGUAAGGCCGAGAUCAUAGAGACCUAG